UGGACGUAGACGUGAAUUGCACAAGACAAGGCAAAUUUUCCAUCUCCAGGAAAGCCAUGCCACUUCAGUCUCAUAUUUUGAGAGAAGUCUGGACUGCUGACAAUCAACAAAAUGGGAAUGACCUUGUUCCAAAGCUUCUAAAGAAGCCAAAGAAAAAGAGACAGGAGGCCAGUGAAGGGCAGAGCAAUGGAGCGGAGGUCAAACCCAAAAAAACCAAAGCUAAGAAGAGUGAUGAGCAGCUCCCAGAAGACCAACAAGGUUCAUCUGUAGAGAAUGUCAAGAAAGUAAAGAAAAAGAAAACUGACAAAGAAAAGGAAGAAACAACAGAGAAGGAACAUAAGAAGAAGUUGAAACUGACGUCAAAGAAGAAGAAAGAUCCUGAUGAGGAUGAAGAAGAGCAUGAAGACAACACCCCAACAAAGAAAACAAAGAAGAAAAUAGCCAAAGAUGCAAGCGGUACAUCGGGAGAAGCCAAAGAAAAAAAGUCAAAGCUAAAAGAUGACACAAAUGACACAGAAGCAAAGACAAAGGCACCAAAGGGCAAAAAGAAAGAACCUGCUUCCAUGUUUCAGGUCAAUGGAAAUAAAGCUGAUGGGAAAGUGAAAAAAAAAGAAGAACCCCAGACCGAUGAGGAGGACAGUGAAAGCGAAUCCAAAAAGGACAAAUCCAAAAAGAAAAGCACAGCCAAAUCAGCAUCUAUGUUCCAGACUGCAGGUGAAAGCAAGGAAAAGAAAGGCAAAAAGAAAGGUUCUGCCAAAGCUGAGGAGGAGAAAAGUGAGGAGGAGAAUUCUGAAGCUACCCAGAAAACUGCAAAGAGAAAAGGCAAAGGAAAAAAAGGAAAAAAAGAAGAACGUCCACCUUCUCCUGUCAUUGAAGUGGAGAAUCUGGAAGAGUUUGUGCUGCAGCCUGCACCGCAGGGAGUUACCAUCAAGUGCCGAGUCACUCGUGAUAAGAAAGGCAUGGACAGAGGGCUUUAUCCUACAUACUAUCUGCACCUCGACAAUGACAAAAAGGUAUUUCUACUGGCUGGGAGAAAACGGAAAAAGAGUACAACAUCCAAUUACCUGAUUUCAAUUGAUCCAACUGACUUAUCCAGGGAUGGGCAUAAUUUUAUUGGCAAGUUAAGAUCAAAUUUAAUGGGAACAAAGUUCACCGUGUUUGAUAAUGGAGUGAAUCCCGACAGAGCCAACUCAGAGUGGACAAAUGUGCGUCAGGAACUAGCAGCUGUUAUUUACGAAACAAAUGUACUGGGAUUCAAAGGGCCACGUAGAAUGACAGUGCUUAUUCCAGGCAUGAACGAAGAAAGUGAACGUGUUCCUGUUCGGCCUAGAAAUGAUAACGACGGCCUUCUAAUUCGAUACCAGAACAGAAACAUGGACAACAUGAUUGAGCUGCACAACAAGACUCCUGUAUGGAAUAAUGAGACUCAGUCCUACGUGCUUAACUUUUCAGGCAGAGUGACUCACGCAUCAGUCAAGAAUUUUCAGAUUGUCCAUAGCAAAGAUGUGGAUUACAUCGUUAUGCAGUUUGGCCGAGUAGCAGAGGACACCUUCACUUUGGACUACAGCUAUCCAAUGUGUGCUGUGCAAGCCUUCGCUAUUGCUCUUUCCAGUUUUGAUGGCAAGCUUGCCUGUGAAUAAGCAUCACAGGAGCCUGAGGUGAGGGAGAAUAAAGGACUUUACAGCAAGAUGAAGUUAUAAAAUCAUUGUUUCAUUCCCGUUCUCUUUUAGUUCUUUAUGUUUGUUA